GAGAGGAGAAAUGGCACAGAAAGGCGUUCAGCUCGACGAAGAGACAUUUUACUGUUCGGUCUGUUUGGAUCUACUGACGAAGCCGGUGACCAUUCCCUGUGGACACAGCUACUGCAUGAACUGUAUUAAAGCCCACUGGGAUGGACAGGAUGAGAAGAAACUCUACAGCUGUCCUCAGUGCAGGCAGACCCUCACACCGAGGCCUGCUCUGGUGAAAAACACCAUGUUGGCAGCUUUAGUGGAGGAGCUGAAGAAGAUGGAAUGUCAAGAUGCUGCUGCGGAUUGCUGCUAUGCUGGAGCUGAAGAUGUGGCCUGUGAUGUAUGUUAUGGAAGGAAGUUGAAAGCUGUAAAGUCCUGUCUCCAGUGUCUGGUGUCUUACUGUGAGAAACACCUUCAGCCUCAUUAUCAGUCACCUACUUUUAAAAACCACAAGCUGGUGGAUCCUUCUGAGAAGCUCCAGGAGAACAUCUGCCCUCAACACCAUGAGGUGAUGAAUAUGUUCUGCCGUCAUGAUCAGCAGUGCAUCUGUUAUCUCUGCCCCGUGAAUGAACAUAAAGGCCACGACACGGUCUCAGUUGCAGCAGAAAGGACUGAGAAGCAGAAAGAGCUGGAGGUGAAUCGACAGAAAGUCCAGCAGAAAAUCCACGACAAAGAGAACGACGUGAAGGUGUUUGGACAGGAGGUAGAGGCAAUCAAUUGCUCUGCUGAUGAAGCAGUGCAGAACAGUGAGAAGAUGUUCACUGAGCUGAUCCGUCUCAUGGAGCAAAGACGGUCUGAUGUGAAGGAGCAGAUCAGGUCCCAGCAGGAAACUGAAGUGAGUCGAGUCAAGGAGCUUCAGAAGGAGCUGGAGCAGGAGAUCAGUGAGCUGAGGAGGAAAGACGUUGAGCUAGAGAAACUCUCACACAUAGACGACCACAACCAGUUUUUACACAGUUAUCCAUCAGUGUUAAAACUCACUGAACCUGCAGACUCACCCGGCAUGAAUAUGUGUCUUCUGCGCUACUUUGAGGACGUGACAGCAGCUGUGUUGGAGCUAAGAAGUAAAAUACAGCCCAUUCUGACAGAGGAAUGGACAAACAUCUCACUGACAAUCGCUCAAGUGGAUGUUUUACUGUCAAAUCCACAAACUGAGCCAAAGACCAGAGCAGAAUUCUUAAAAUAUUCAUGUAAAAUCACACUGGAUCCAAACACAGCACACACUCAGCUGUCAGUGUCUAAAGGGGAGAAAAGAAUAACACUGAAGAAGGAAAAUCAGAGAUAUUCUCAUCACUCCGACAGAUUCCGCAACAGGUAUCAGGUCCUGAGCAGAGAGAGUCUGACUGGUCGCUGUUACUGGGAGGUGGAGUUUAGUGGGAAUGGAAGGUUUUCUGUCGCAGUCGCAUACAAGGAUAUUAAGAGGGAAGGAUUCUUGUAUGAAUGUGUAUUUGGAUACAAUGAUAAAUCAUGGGCCUUGGACUGUCAUAAAACAAAGUAUGAAUUUUGGUUCAACAAUGUCCAGGCUCCUGUCUCAGGUCCUUUUUCGUCCAGAAUGGGAGUGUAUGUGGAUCACAGAGCAGGUGUUCUGUCCUUUCACAGCAUCUCUGAAACCAUGACUCUCCUCCACAGAGUCCAGACCAUAUUCACUCAGCCUCUGUACGCUGGACUUGAGUUGUCCUCUGUUGGAGACACUGCUGUCUUAUGCAAACUCAAGUAAAUUCUUUAAAUGAUUUGUGCCUGAGAUAAUCAUGCAUUAUGAUUGUCGCUAUGAAUGUUUGAUACAGAUCAAGUCAAGCAAGGAAAAUCUU